GACUUUUUCUCAAUCGAGGAGAGAUGCGACACACCAGAGGCUCUUCUUCAAAAGGGAUGCUCUGGCGAAUUCGUGGAGUUCCCCGUCACAAAUGUCAAAGUGCUGAAGGAUCAAGGGUUAGGAAAGCGUGCCGGCCACACCAAUGUUUCAUACAUCGCUCCUCAGAAGAUGCACCUCCAGCUUAGACCAGGAAGUCAAGCUGAACUUUCAGAUUCAAGUGCAGCAACCGGAGGAUCAUCCGGUGGACAUCUAUUACCUGAUGGACCUGUCAGCAUCUAUGGUUGAUGAUCUGAAAAUGAUCAAAGACUUGGGUUCCAAUCUCUCAAAAGAGAUGGCUAGUCUUACCAGCAAAUUCAGACUAGGAUUCGGCUCCUUUGUGGAGAAACCAGUUCUGCCUUUCAUCAAGAUAACACACGAGGAGCUGGCCAAUCCCUGCAGGAGUGUUGAUCAUGAAUGUCCCCCCACAUUUGGAUACAGACACCUCCUGUCGUUAACAAGCAGUACUGACAAGUUUAAUGAGAUCGUCUCAAAGCAACAAGUAUCUGCUAACAUUGACGUGCCAGAGGGCGGUUUUGACGCCAUCAUGCAGGCAGCGGUGUGUGGGGAUAGGAUUGGCUGGCGGAACGAUUCCAUGAAGCUGUUGGUGUUCGUGAGCGAUGCUGAUUCUCAUUUUGGGAUGGAUAGCAAAAUGUCCGGCAUCGUUGUUCCCAAUGACGGAGAGUGUCACAUGGAUGGCAAUAAUGAGUAUUCCAUGACUGCCCACCUGGAGUAUCCAACAUUAGGGCAGCUUGUCGACAAACUUGUUGAAAACAAUAUCCUCCUUAUAUUUGCUGUGACUGAAAACCAGAGACAGAACUAUGAGAAUUAUGCAAGUCUGAUUCCUGGUGCUACUGUGGGGGUGUUGGCAUCCGAUUCAAGGAACAUUUUGGAACUUAUCAUGACCUCAUAUAAGGAACUGAGGUCGGAGAUUGAUCUGGAGGUUCUGGGAAACACUGAGGAUCUGCAGAUUUCCUUUACGGCACUCUGUCAGGAUGGGACCAUCAUCCCCGGACAUAAAAACUGUUCCAAUGUCAAAGCUGGUGAUGUGGUAUCUUUUAACGUUACGGUCGAGUUAAAAGGCUGUCUUGCUGGCCCACGGCGGUUUUCCUUGCGGCCGGCAGGUUUCCAAGAUACCCUAGAGAUCGAACUGGAGUCCCAGUGUGUGUGUGACUGCCAUCAAACUCCCGAGGCGAACAGCACCUACUGCAGCCGAGGGCAAGGGGCGCUGGAGUGCGGAGCCUGUGUGUGUGACCCAGGCUUUGUGGGGCCGAAGUGCGAGUGCACAGAGGGCCAAGAACAAGUCAGUGACUGCAGGGAACACGAAGGUGCGGAGAUGUGCAACGGCCAGGGCGAGUGUUUCUGCGGACAGUGUGUGUGCCACCCAUCCAAUUUUGGUCGUGUAUAUGGGGCGUACUGCGAGUGUGACGACUUCUCCUGCCUCAGGUUCAGAGGAGAGAUUUGCGGAGGUCACGGGGAAUGUGACUGUGGCGAGUGUGUGUGUCACAGAGGCUGGAUGGGGGAGUUCUGUAACUGCAGCACCAGCACAAACUUGUGCACGUCUGCAGAUGGGUCCGUCUGCAGUGGACGGGGAAAGUGUGUGUGUGGGAAGUGCGAGUGCACCGUUCCCGGAGCCUCAGGAGAGCGGUGCGAAAGGUGCCCAACCUGUGAAGAUAUCUGUAACUUACCCAGGUCUUGUGUGGAGUGUUACCUCAAAACUAAAGGCCCAUCGGAUGAGUGUGCCAUGAAGUGCAACUCCCUACAUGCCACUGUCAGCAAUUCCACAGAUUUUGAGGAAAGUCGAGCAGCAUUGUGCACCUUACAGAACGAGGACAGCUGCCUACUGUCUUUCAGCUUGGUGGACAGUGAUCACGGCAGCAUCAUUUACAACCCCAAGCUUUACGCCUGCCCUGACCCACCAAACGCACCACUGAUCGCUCUGGGCGUGUGCAUGUCUGUCCUCAUCAUUGGCAUUACACUCCUUGUGAUCUGGAAGUUUCUUGUUUCUGUCCAUGACCGGAAAGAGGUUGCCAAGUUUGAGGCAGAGAAGGCAAAAGCAAGAUGGCAGUCGAGCACAAAUCCUCUUUUCAGGAGCUCGACAUCAACAUUUAAAAAUGUGACCUACAAAAGCACAGGGCAGCAGAAGAGUGAUAUUUCUUAGAGCUACUGACCAACUUUGUGUGUUGAAACACAGAAUGUAGGCUUCUAUUUACCAGGAGCGAAUCCUGUUCUUUUUUUUAUUGUUAUUUAAAUUUAUUUUCUUGUACUGUACAGGUGGGACACUGUGUGUGUGCAGUUGUGUACUUAUAAGGUGGAGGUAGGCCUGUCAAUUUGGCGGCCAAUUUAUUUUAAAAAAUUAAAACAAUGUGUUGUGCUGCUAAAGGUGCUAAAGGUUAAAUCUGGGCAACACUGGAUCUUCUUGUUUUACAUUUAGCGUUUCUUGUGGUUGCUAUUGCAAAAUGUUUUUAUGUAGUAUUUGUGACUGUUGUUUGUGAUUGAUUAGUUGAGGCUGUGCCUUUUGUAAUUAGAUAUGAUUAAUUAACUCAUUAAGAUUUUGCAGGAUCAAAUGUAAAAAGUCUGUCUGUACUUGUGUUUUGUAAUAUAUUUGAUGUUUUUCCA